GGCACGCCCAAACGCCGGAGCAGUUCCUAUAGCAACGAGAAACCGGAACGGGGCUCUGCACCCGGAAGCGGAAGUCCGGGUCGAAAAGCCAGAGGCUAGUGGAGAAGUUGCUGGCUCUGGUACUUGCUUCUUCAGGGCACGUGGAGCGGCGGGCGCACCCCGUGGGGCGGGAGGUCGCGAGAUGGACACCCCUCCGCUCUCGGACUCGGAGUCGGAGGAGUCCCUGGUCUCAGACCAGGAGUUGCAGGAUGCGUUUUCCCGCGGACUCCUGAAGCCAGGCCUCAAUGUUGUGCUCGAGAAGCCGAAGAAAGCGGUGAAUGAUGUGAAUGGUCUGAAACAGUGUUUGGCCGAAUUCAAACGGGAUCUGGAGUGGGUUGAAAGGCUCGACGUGACCCUGGGUCCAGUGCCGGAAGUCAAUGAAACUCAGCCAACACCCGAGAACAAGGACCAGAAGAAAGAUGUUAACCCAGAAGACGACUUCAAGAGGGAGAUGAGUUUCUACCGCCAGGCCCAGGCUGCAGUGCUCGCAGUAUUACCCCGGCUCCAUCAGCUCCAAGUCCCCACCAAGCGGCCCACCGAUUAUUUUGCAGAAAUGGCCAAGUCAGAUCAGCAGAUGCAAAAGAUUCGACAGAAGCUGCAGACUAAGCAGGCUGCCAUGGAGAAAUCUGAAAAGGCCAAGCAACUUCGAGCGCUUAGGAAAUACGGAAAGAAGGUACAGACUGAGGUCCUGCAGAAGAGACAGCAGGAGAAAAAACACAUGAUGAAUGCUAUCAAGAAAUACCAGAAAGGCUUCUCUGAUAAGCUGGAUUUCCUUGAGGGGGAUCAGAAGCCUGCUGAACGCAGUACAAAGGCCAGAGCCAAGAGCCAGCAGAUGAGUAAAGGGCCCAGUGCCAAACGACGGUACAAAAACCAGAAGUUUGGUUUUGGUGGAAAGAAGAAAGGCUCCAAAUGGAACACUCGUGAAAGCUACGACGAUGUCUCCAGCUUCCGAGCCAAGGUGGCUCAUGGCAAGGGCCCCAGGAAGCCUGGGAAAAAGGGGGCAAAUAAGCGCCCAGGAAAACGAACAAGACAGAAAAUGAAGAGCAAAGCCCGCUGAGCAGAAUCGUUCUAAAGAACCAAGGAAAAGGGCGAAUGUACAGACUGCAAAACACUCAGAGCUUUUGUCUUUCUUUUUGUAGAAUUUUUUAAAAUAAAUUAAACUUAUAAAAGAUAUUCUUGGGUCAAAAACAGAGACUAAAAGAUUGAGAAGUUUGCAUAUUAAAUAAUAUUGCUGACUAUU